AUGUUGGAUCUGUGGAAAUGGCCGACACCAGUUGGGUGUCCAGAGGGGGAAGGGGGGCAAGUGGCAGAAGCCAGUAAGAUUUGUACAGAAGUUAUGCACCAGCCAGUCGUGACCUGCUGCUCGCACCUGUUUUGUGGGCCGUGUUUUUCCCAAUGGGUAGAAUACCAGCGCGACGGCGCGGAGAAGCCCCUGCCCUCAGUGCCAUGCCCGGCUUGCAUGAGGCCUUUGAAGCGUGAGGACGUGAAGGCCUUGGAGCCCGAAGGCUCCGGAAGCAUCCUUUGGCGCCUCUACAGUACCCAGAAAGUGCGAUGUGCCAACCACCUGGAGCAUGGUGGAGCGUGCGUGUGGGUCGGUCCUCUCCUGGAGUACAAGGAGCACAUGCAUAAGUGUGUGGAUGGAGCAGCUGCCUUUAUCAAGGCUCGCUUAGAGCCGAUGCCAGUGACGUUAUUUUGCUCUUCCAUCGCGACAGAGCCGUCGAAGGACAUAUCCAAGUCUUGUUCCAAAUCGAAUCCCCCGAAUCCGCAGGCGCGAAACAUGACUGAUCUGGCAGGGAGGAAGGUUGUGGAAGCGCGAAUCGGAGCUGGGCCAGACGAUCUCCAGCCUGCCAAGCAAGCGGAGAAAGCUCCUAAACACGCGAAGGAAGCGCAGACGAAGUGGCAAGAAGAUGCACAGACUGAAUCUGCAAAGCUGGCACCACCAGCGGUCACAAAAGUCGUGCUCUGCCGACAAUUCGAGAGGCUUGGCACCUGCAGAUUGGGUGCCAAGUGUACCUUUGCUCAUGGCAAGGAGGAGUUGCAGACGCAACCAAAUUGCAAGGGACUGCGCAAGACCAUGCUGUGCCGUCAUUUCCAGCAGGGCCACUGUUGGCGUGGUGAGAGCUGCAUGUUCGCACACGGGGAGGAGGAGCUGAGGGACAAGAAGGUCUACCUGCCUCCGGAGGUCCUCCUGCGCAAGUCGCAGCUUUGCCGACACUUCAUGGGGACAGGGGUUUGCUGGUUCGGCGACUCUUGCAACUUCGCACACGGCGAAGACGACCUCCAAACUGUAAGCAAGUUGCGCCAAUAG